AUUUUUAAAAAAAACAUUUCUCAAAACAUUAAUUAUAAUUAUCUCUAUAAUUAUCAAUAAAUUUUGUUAAUUUUUUUAUGCCAAUAAUUUUAUGACUACUCAACAACAACAGACAACAACAACAACAACAACAGCCAAAGAAGAUCACAAACGAGAAACCAAACAAACGACAGACUCUAUGGCCUCUUAUCCUAACAUUAGUGCCGAUAAAGAACAGCCCGAAAAUGGCGACCUAUCGUUUGUGUGGCCAAUCGUUGCUGUAAUUAUUAUCGUCGGUAUUGUUGUCUUGAUUUUGGUCGCCUAUCUUGUUAUCCGCAAAAAGAUGGCCAACAAAAAGUCAAAAUCUAAUCUCAAGCGACCACUACCGCCGCCAUCGCCAACAACAUCACCAAAGAAGACGAAAGCUAAUCGCAAAGUCAAACAACAACACCAGCAACAGGUUGUCGACAAAAACAAUGGUAAAAUAAUUGUCAACAUCGAGGACAACAAUAAAACAUUAAGAUCCGAAUCCAUUGAAGAGAUGUCAAAAUCAAUGGCCGAAGAUUUGCCGUCGGGUAGUCUGACUACUAUUAAGGUGCCGUCCGGUGAACUCAGACCAGUGGACGAACAGGUUUUUGAAUGGCGAUCGAAAAGGACAGACAAUACUAAAGAUAAUAGUAGACAACAACAACAGAAGAAGACGAUUAACACCAAUGAAAAAUCUAAUAACAAAGUGAUCGACAAAGACGUGGAACAGAUGCCAAACAAACGGAAAUGAUAUCAAAAAAAGAAGAGAAGAGAGAGAGAGAGAGAUAGUAAUCAAACGACUGAAAAAAAUUAUAUCAAAUUAAAUAUAUAUUUUUU